GGCGGCCGCGGCGGGCCGGUGGCGGUGGGGGUUGUUGUGGCGCUUUGCGGGCGACGCCGGGGCGAUGAACGGCUUGGCGAACCCGCUGCUGGACAAAGAAGAGCAUCCGCUGCAGCUGGGCGAGAGCUUCGAGCGGCACCCCAAGGCCUCCUUCCACACCAUCCGCUAUGAUUUUAAGCCAGCAUCGAUAGACACAUCCUGUGAGGGGGAGCUGCAAGUUGGUAAAGGUGAUGAAGUUACAAUUACAUUACCCCAUAUUCCAGGUUCUACUCCUCCAAUGACUGUGUUCAAAGGAAAUAAAAGACCAUACCAAAAGGACUGUGUACUGAUCAUCAAUCAUGAUACUGGAGAAUAUGUGCUUGAAAAACUGAGCAGCAGCAUUCAAGUCAAAAAGACAAGAGCUGAAGGCAGUAGCAAAAUCCAGGCCCGCAUAGAACAGCAAUCUGCCCGAGGUUCACAGCCUUCCACCCAGUUCAGAACUCCUCCAAAGCCAGUAGCUGGUCCCAAAACUUCCCCGUUGAAAGACAACCCUUCACCAGAGCCUCAGCUGGAUGACAUUAAAAGAGAGCUAAGAGCUGAAGUCGAAAUUAUUGGGCAGAUGAGCAGCAGCAGCGGCAGCAGCUCGUCAGAUUCGGAGAGCUCCUCUGGGAGUGAUGAUGAAACCUCCAGCAGUGACGGCAAUGAGGCUGCGCACCCUUCCCCUUCUCAGCAGUACAAUAACAAAAGCACUGUUGUCAACGGCACCAGCAGGCCACAAGGAAGCAGUCAGUCCUUGAACACCCUCAGAAAUGAUUUGCAGUUGAGUGAAUCUGGAAGUGACAGUGAUGACUAGAUCAAGGUUUCCCCAUUGGUUUCCUGCUACAUAUGUGUCAAGAUGCAAGUAUUCCUAAGCAGCAAGAGUAAUACUGAUGAAGAAUCUGCCUUGGGACUCAGCUGUAUGAAAGCAGCUUCAACUAACAUGUCACCUUUUGAGAAUGUUCCAAGACAAUGGCUAAUACUCGAUUUACCAUUUGUAUAAAUUGUGUAUAUUGUGUAUAUUCUUUUAAAGUUUUAAAUAGAUACGAAUAUACUACUCUGAUACAGCAA